AUGCCUCUCGAUCGUGCAGAUGCAUCGCUGAGAUCUGCGGUUGCGCACCAAAAAGGAGAGGCAGUAGACUUGAGCGCCUCAUUUAGUGGUAAGUCCCAGACCGUCAGAGGGGAUGUGGGUGGAAAUCGUCCGCGCGGUGCCUGGUUUGCGCGUUGGCGUAUGGCGCUGGAAGCAUCGCUCCGCCACGGUGAGUACGACGGGUUCGAUUGCCCUGCGGUGCUGGUGCUCGUGGCAUCGUCAUCUGAACCUGCUGGUGUCGCAGCAGCACUUGAGGAGCUUGGCUCACCGCAUCAUCUCGCUUCAGGCCUGACCGAUGGACACUUCGACGAGAGGGCAACACCGCGCCAUGUCCUGGUUCUCCAUGACGUGAUUGAAGGAUUGGGUGAUGCGCGAGCCGCGCUGAGCGCAGCUCGCGCAUCGCUCCCAUCCAUCGUCGGAGGCGCUCCGACCAUCGCCCGACUUCUAAAUAUCAAUUCCCUUGCACCGGGUGCGACACCGAUUGACGUGUGCUACCCGCGCCGAUCCGUGCGGGACCCUUCCCCGUCGGUGCGAUUUCCAUGUCUUGACGCAGCGGAUACGGCAGAGCUGCGUCGCUUUACCUCUGAACUUGUGCAUGGGGGCGUCGUACCUGCCAUCGAGCGGCGUGUCGCCAGCCUGUUCGCCAACGUAAACUCUUCGCGAAAGGGUGUGCGCAACGUUUUAAAAUCCUGGCUGCGGCGCCCUCGCGAAGCUGCGUCCGCUCUUUCUGGUUCUGGCACUACUGGCGCAGUUGAGACUGGCGACGGCAUCGUCACCGGAGUCAGGUACCGCUUUGACACAAUUGAAGCCCAGAUACGACUUCUCGCUGACACCACUUUCUCUAUGCGCGACUAUGAGACUGCUCUCUCCAUGUACCGCCUGGCGCGCGACGAUUUCAAGAGCGCGGUCACUGUGUCAGGCAGGCCUUUGACCGCAGUCGUGUCCAUGUUCAAAUGCGCGUCUGGUGAUGCGAAGGUGCUUUGGCGAGAUGCAAUCAGCGCGAUCGAUGCAGCGACUGCAGCACUGGUAGCAGCUGCCGAUGAGGCACGCACAGCCGAGGCGCGAAGUGAAAGUGGGGAUUAUCGGGCUGCAGGACGGCGGGCAACAGUGGCUGCGCGUAUGCUUACGCGUGCUGCACUUGUGGCUGCCGACUGUCGCAACGAUGAGGGCGAUGGUCUCGCACCACGUGCCAAGCGUCGUUCCAAGGGCGGUCGGUCAUGCGCUGAAGCUGCAGCUGAUGCGCUCGUUCACGCUGUUGAGUGCUAUGUCGCAAGCAAAGAGGCAUACGCGGCCAGCUAUGAUGCUUCAACCAGGCGUGAUCAGUCCGAGAGUGUGACUACGACCGCGCGUGUUAGGGGCUGGGCACGCAUCGAUGAGCACGUGGAGCAUGCGUUGGGCCGUCAGCUCGAGACCCUGGGCCACCACGCGCUUGCACUUCGGUGUACGUUGACACUGCUAGGUAGUGCGCGAGCCCCUGCAGAGCGCCAUGCACAGCUCCUUUCAGGAUUUAUCGCGGCCUGCGUAGCACGCCCUGACGCCCUUAAGCACGCCGCUGCAGCGCUCCGACGCGACCUGCCAAAGAUGGUCUUCUGUGGUGGUGGUGAGUCAUCAGAUCGGGUCAAUGCAGCGAUCGAAAGCUGGGACUGCGACCACGCUCGUAGUCCGGGAACACUCGAGAGCCUGAUAGUUGUCGGACUUCCGCUUCCUGUCAUUGUUCACGAUGCAGUCAUAGUCCGGACGACGGAUGAGAUUAUUGAGGGCGUUGGUGAGGGCGGACGCGGGCUAGGAGUUGCAUGGGCCCGGGACCUCCGAACUCGGUUGAAUAUUGAAAAACGCGCAGUGGAUAUGUUCGAGGCUCAAAGCCGCCAAAGUAUGCAACCUGGAGCCCAGCUCCGGGCUAGAUGCGUCGAUGCUCAGCUCGCCGCUGAGGCAGCUGCAGAGCGACGGGGGAUUUCCAUCUUCGAACUGGCAGAGUCUGGCUCUAGUGACGCUGGCCUGAAGACCCGCCUUCUCUUGGAUGAGCGCAGUGUGGAUUCACUCAAUGAUCCAGGUCAUCUCGAAGCCCGACGUGCAACUUGGCCGCGUUGGAUCGCACGUGGAGAAGCGAUUGAUAUAGACGUCCUAGCCCGAGUUGUUUUCCGCAAUGCGUUCGCAGUCCCUGUGGAGCUCUCUGAUGUUCACCUUGUCUGCACACUGGAGCAAGGCAUUGACUUUGCACGUAGAUCUUCCUCGCUCACUCAUAAUUCAGACGCCGCGCACCGUUCAUGGAGUUCAUCACAGAGUCGAACUACUCAAACGCAACCACAACAAGACUGCGACCCAUUCCUCGCCCAGCUCACAGCGGCUACAGACUCAUAUGAUGCGGACCCCAAAUCUAGCUCGCCUUACAUCGUGGAACAUGUCCAUGUGACCUUACCGCCCGGGGGGGGGGGGGGGGAACUCGGAGGUGCACUCGUCCGCCUCCGGUGUGGUGUUUCGGCGCUCAAUGGCACACUUCGCGUCGUGGGCGUCCGAUGGAAGCUAAGCGGUAAGAUCUGGGGUGCUGCGGCGUUCGUACGCCAGGGUCCACGCCUUCGGCGGACGCGCGAGGAGCGUGCCUCCGGCAUACGCGCCCCUGACGCAUCGCUUGCAGUCCAUGUUGUUGGUGAUCUACCGCGUGUAAUUGCACGUAUCCAUGGCUUUGGCGACAACGGUGCCCCACUGGCCUGGGAUACUCCUGGUGCCCCUCCGAGGCCCUCAAGCUUUGCUGCACUUCAUGGGGAGGUCAGACGAGGAAUCCUGGAACUUGCUAACAUCGGGCGCGCGCCUGCAUCAGACAUGCUUGUCCGUUGCAAUCUCCCAUGGAUAGCAGUCGGUGGGGAAAUAGGCGUCAAUUCGCCCAGGGGCGAUGUCUCUGUGACACACAGCGCCCUUGGCGCAUCAGGUCUUUCCUGGCGUGCCAUUGAUGUGCACGGUAAUCCAAUGGUCCUCGGGCGAGGCGAGUCUGCGUCACUCCCAGUUUUGUUUCGUGCACAGGGCGCUGGAGGCAAACACCAACUGCAAUUUCUUGUGCAGUCAUCCAUGUCGCGUGACCCACACGCAAUUGACCUGCCGCCCUUGAGCCGACGCGUGACGCUUUGCAUUGACAUCACCGUUCUCCCAUCUCUCACGUUAGAGACUAUCAAGGUCAUCCCCAAGUUUAAUCGCCCCAACGCACAUCAUUUAUCGAUGACGCUCGCCAACUACUAUUGCGCAGAUGGAGGCGUGUCCAGUGCUCUAGGACGGGCCCUUAGGGUGACCCACGUUCAUGCCCUCGGUGAUGGGACGUGGCAGCUCCACGAUGCUCUCAGCCCCCAUGGUCUGCUCGAGCCAGCUCACGACACUUCGCCGGAGCGAUGCCCUUCCAUGGACGGGCAGCCUACUCAUACCCAGGUACCCGUCUCUUCGGCACCUGUCGAUAUUCGAGUGGGCCGGCAGGAACAGCUUGCGCUCCAUUAUACUCUGCUAGCUCGUCGCACGACGUGCACAGCCUGGUCUGCUGGCUCUGAUAUCAACAUAGACCUCUUCAGGGUCGAACAUGCAGCAUCGCGAUUUGAGGAUGACCUUCUGCGCGCGCGUGAUGCACAGCUGAUUGAUAAUGCACGCGCGACUCCGAGAACAAUUCAAGCAAUCAGGAGGGAGGCGCGCUCAAAGGACAUCGAUAUGGAGCCAACGAGGACCCGAGAGGGCGAUGCUGUUGCGAAAGCAAAGGGAGGUGCUUCACGUUUGGCAUGCGCCGCUCUAGAGGCUGCAUUACCUCGGAGUGCCAUAGCGCUCGUUGUUGCGUGGGCUUCAAGUGAUGAAAAUACCAGCGAGUGCCACGUAGUCCCCCAGGUCUGCGGCCAGCACCAUGUCCUCAGUGUUCCGAUUGGUCAAACGUUGGCGUCGCGAGUCAAGGAGGUACCUGGGUGCACCUGGCCCUGCUGUCCCAUAUCCCUCGCGCUCGAUUUUGCCGUUGUCCAUGUUGAGGACAUUGGCAAUGGCCGUGCAACUGUGUCCGUCACUGCCAUCGUUGCGAAUACACUCAUGCUUGACGGAAUUGGCACGGACCUAGCGGUUGAAGUUUCGUGCAUAGACGACGAAUUUGGCGACGUCCACUGGUGCGGUCAGACGAAGAGUCGCUUUCCAAAGCUCACAGUUGGUGCAAGUCCUCGUGUCAUUUUGCUCAAGGCAUCUGUCGCCCGUGCUGGUGUCUUCGACCUAGGUGCACUAGUUGCUAUCAGGGCUGUCAUGUCGCCUGUUGAUCUAAGCUCCAAAUCGGAUACCACAAGAGUCGCACCGAGGAUCUGCGAUGCCCUAGCUGAAGGCCCUACAUUUAUCUUCAAGAACCAGUUCCUCUUAACAGUUGAAGACUCUUCUUCGCAAUAUUUUCCCGGCAGGGAUUAUCUUAGCGACACCAGGAAGCGGGAAUUGAUCCUCGGCUGUGACAAACUUGAGUCGAUGAGGAAAAUUCAGCGAUCCCAUAAUUUCGUUAGAUCCCGCGUGGGUUGGAAUGUCGUCAAUUUUGUCCCUUUUGAGUCCGUGGAACGUCACUACUUUCUCUCUUGUCAGCAGCAGAUAUGUUCUGAUAGCUGUCUACCUCUAACCCACCUCAAUACUAACCGAGAGAUGGAGAGAUUGAGCAAGCACCGAGGAACUUGGCAUUUUGUGAGGGCAGCGUUUCAGCGAGGGUAA